GGACAACAGGUACCUGCAUUCUUGCUAAAAGCCUGGAUGGAUGGUAGAGCCCAGCAGCACUACCUGAGGUGGGAACUCUGGUGAGAAAUACUUGGGCAUCAGUAGAGGAAAAGAAGUCUGAAGAAACACUGUUCACCAUCCCACUGGCAUUAGUGGCUGCUCAAAGGUCAAUGGUGACUUCUCAAAGAUCAAGAUGCUGUGUUCCAGAUUGGAUUCUAGGCAUACAAAGAGGACAUGGACUCUGGACUUUGAGAGUUACAUAUACCAUCCUGAUACCUGGAGUUCCAAGCCACCCAGCAGAGAUCACAGGUAAUUACUUCCAAUGAUGCUCUGUGGGGAGAAGAGAAGUUAAUGAAUUCUUCUAUCUUCCUGCCUGGAGGUCAGCGGAUGGAGGGCUGCUAGCAACUGUAGGAGUUUUCCAGGGUGAUUACACAGAAAGUUGUGCAUUUCAAUUAGGAACAGCUGAACUCCUCCAGCCAGGGUUAAGCUCUUCUGGGGACACUGGUUCUCACUGGAAGGCCCCAACAUUUAGAGCCAGCCCAGAGGGAAGAAUGAAGUUUCAAGAUCUGGAAAGAGACUCAGUAUGACAGGCCUGCUAUUGUGUGGAACUGCAAGAGAGCUGAACCUGACUCCAGGUCUGUUGAAAGCAGCCAUCUCAGGAUUGCCUGCGCUCUAGCCCAGAUACUCAACUGUACAGACCUGGUCCCCUGCAAGGAUGGCUGUGUCUCAAAAUGUCUAAUCCUCCACAGAUGGGCCUUCAGAGACAUCUGGUAGCCUCACUCUUCAAAGCCAUCCACCUCUGUCUGUUGUGCAUAUGAGUGGCUAGAGAGUUAAGCUGUCUACGGUCUUGGUUCUCCACAGAACUGAACAUUCUUGCUCUCCACAAGUACUGGCUUUCCUUUCCAGAUAGCUCUCUUUUCCUGUUCUCCCAAGUCUCCCCGCCCCACACACAGCUUUUUCUCCCUCUUAUCUCUACAUGAGCUAUUUGAAGAGGUAGCUCCUCCUAGGGCAAGGGUCAUGUUAAACAGGUGGACAUUUUUGAGGGCCCUAGGAAUGACAUUUUCAGUUUUUGACAUAUAGAUCAAGAUGAGCAUUUACGAAGACUACCUAUGAGUAAAAGAAACUGGAAUUUUCUAAGACCCUAUCACUUCGUGAGGUAGGGCAAAAGAGAGUACAUGGAGGGAAACGAGCUUUAAGGAGCCUCUUGGACUCUGGACAAACUCCCACUUCAACCAGCACCACUGUUGCUCAAACCAAGGGGGCCGGCCCCAGCUGGGCACUAUGCCAUGGGGGAUGGGGACAGGAAUACUUAACCACAGUGCUUCCAAACCGUUCUCUCAGCUUCCCAGAACGCACGCAAAGGAUGCCUUCUCCUUCCUGAUGAUUCCCAGUCUACUGAACCACAGAAACGGCCAGCAGCCACCCGGGACUACACUGCCUGGUGAACGCCCCCCAACCGGCCUCCGGCCGCCCCAGACUAUCUUGCUAGUGCCAUCGAGGCCCUCUCUGGGCUCCAACCCUGGGACGACCUCGCUGCUCAGGCGCUCCCCAGAGCUGCAGACAGCCGGCAGGUGCGCGCUACAAGCGCGCCAUGGAGCGCCGGAACCACCGGAGCCUCCGGAGUCUAUGGCCCGGAAGCCUGGACAGGAGACUGCAGCUCCAAAAGUGGCGGAUCACGCGCGGAUACUCGCCGCCACAACCAAGCCGGGGCCGGGGCCGGGACCCCAAGGGGACCUGGGGAGGCUGCGCCGGAGGAACAGCCGCGGGAGCGCGCUCGGGGAAAGGGCGGAGGGCGCCGCUUACCCAGCUCGGCGGGGUCUGUCUGUCCCUGCGUCCCCGCUUCGUCCGCUUGACUGGCGGUUGCCCAGGGCAGCGUGCACCCAGUCCUGCCUGACUGGAGUCACACUGGCAGCUAGGUCCACAUGGAACCCAGGAUCAUUAAAAUCCUCGGCCCGCGCCGGCCGCUUGCCUGUAUUCCUGGGGUGGCCCCCGAAUGGUUCCUUGCGUCUUCGUCCCGGUCGCUUGCGCGCAGGGACCGGGUUGCGAAGGGGCGUGGGGUCCCGCAGGGUCCCUCCGGGGCUGGUCAAAGCCGGGUGUCUUCAGGUUUCUCUGGCACGACUUUCCGGGCUGCUCUGACAUCAGCGAUCCCGCGCUUCCUUCCCUUCUGCUCCUGGCCCGCUCGGCCCUAUUUCCUCCAGGAACCGCUGCCAGCUCAGUCUGCGACCGGGCCCGUAAGCUCCCGGCGGCUCCGCGGGUCCACCAGAUCUGAUCGCUCGUCUUCAGAUGAAGGAUCCCGGCAGCUGCUCCCGCCGCCCCCGCUCGGUUCUGCGCGGACAGUGCUGCGCGCAGCGUGGCUCAGCUCGGCUCCGGUGGCGGCGCCCUCAGCCGGCCUCCUAUAUUACCGCUCAGCUCAUUAUCAUAGAGGCCGCGUUAACCCCCUCCCCGCCCACGCGCCCCGCCCGCGCAGACUGAAUACCCUAGCCUGUCCACCCAAGAACCCGGCAGAGCUAGGGCUCUGCAGGCGUUCUCCUCGCUCAGCUUGGAUCACCAGACACUGUCAGUAGUCAAAGGGCCAGAAAGGUUGUACCAGAGUCUAAGGACUCAUGUCUUGGGGCCUGGUGAGCCAGCUGGCUCGGCUUCGGGAGGGGCUCAGAGUGAUGAGAGCACCCCAUCCCCUCGCGUGGCAUCACCUGUCACCAAGCAAAGCCUCCCCUCCUUCCUCUUCACCUGUGAGCUAGGGGUGAGUGUAGAGGGACCUGUAUUGCUGAUGGGCUUGAGAUGGGGUGUCGGAUUUCGGAACAGCAAAUUUCUCUGCCCUACAAAUUCUAGAAAGCCAACGAGCUAUCAAAAGAGGUUUGAAGUUGUUGAUAAUUAUUAUUUCUACAUUUUUAAGAAAAGUCUGGCUUUGCAUCUCCGAUUUCCUGUUCCACUGGGAACGUAGGCCAGGGGUGACUCUGGCGGGUGCUGUGGGAACCAGAGGAUCAGGAGCGUUUGCAUUAUCCAGACCCGCGAGCACACCUCAUACUGGAGGCAGGGGGUAAUGGCUAGAAGGUUAAAACAACUUUAAUAACCCCAGAAAAGAGGAUUUUCAGUUCUGGUUGCUUCUGCGCUCACGGGUCUUGAUCCUUGGCUCGUAGUCUGUGAAUCUGCAACCGUGGCUACGGCUUUCCCGCGAGGGCCUGUGCAAGCUAUACCCCUUUCGAAUUCCCUUAUGGAAAUCGAGCACACCGAGUUUACUCAACACGUCAAAGUGUCUGACAAACGUCCCCUACUGCCCUCUCGUGGCUAUACUCUUCACUGGUAUAUAUAUAAAAAAAGGAUGUGGAAUGCUUCUGAAAACAUGAAAACAGUUGGCUACUACUGAGACUUCAGCGAGAGAGGAAAGAUAGAUUAGAUAGAUAGAUAGAUAGAUAGAUAGAUAGAUAGAUAGAUAGAUAGAUAGAUAGAUAGAGAUAGAUAGAUCAGACAGAGAGACAGUGAAAGGGAGGGCGAGAGAAUAUCACUUUCAUCAACUGUAUUAGAGACAUGGGAUUUUGGAGUGUAGGGAUUUUUGUUUGUUUGUUUUGGGUUUCUUCACUAUGUAUCUCUAGCUGUCCUGGAACUCAUUACUAUAGACCAUAGUGGCUACGACCUCACAAAAAUCUGCUUGCCUCUGCCUCCCAAGUGCUGGACUCAGAAGUAUAUGCCACCACACUGGAUACCUGGUGUAAUUAGCUAUUCUUAAAAACAAAACCUGGUUACCUCAUUUAAAAGCUCUUCAAUUAAUAAAUUCAUUAAUUUCCUAAAAUUUGUUUCCAGUAAGUUUCACUAGCUGUUGCCAAUUUUGUCCUUUGGAACCACAAAGAAUCUGAAUUCCACGAUGCAUACCUAUCUUGUCCUUUGAAUUUAUGUAGCAUUUAUUUUUGAUAAAACACCAGGUGAUUCUCCUCUUUAUUCUUUCUCUUUACAUUUAUUCUUCCUCUAUUAUUGUUUAUGUCUGCAUAUGAAUGGGUCAUCUCUUCUUACCCAAAGGAUUGUUAUUCUCUUAUUUCUGUAUUUCUGAGUACACUGGAUUUAAGGCACAACUUGUUAAGGAAGAUAAAAAGAAGGUG